GUGUCAAAACAAGUUGAUGUUAAAAAAAAAGAAAAACAAAAUUAUCAAUGAAAAAUUGCGUAUGAAUAUCAAACUGUUUUAAGAAAACCUAUUGAAAAGUAGUUUAUGAACGGAAUUAUGUUAAAAAAUUGAUUUAAACACAAUUAUUUUUAGAAGAAUAGUGGUUGAAUUUUGACGUAUAAUGGUACCAACACAGUUUUUGUUGUAAGAAAUUUCUGUUGCGAAAAAAAUUUGCCUUAGCCUCUUGCAUAAAACACAUAAAUCGCCGUAUUUGUUUAUCUUUCUGUAUUUCACCAUGGUAAAAGUGGAUGUUGAGUAUUGCGGAAAAUGUAAUUUCGAAUGGCAAUGUAAGAUGUUGCAAAAUUUCCUGCUCCAACAAAAGCCAGAUAUGGAAAUGGUUUGUCAUAAAGGACGACAAGGCUCAUUUGAAGUAAAAAUCAAUGAUGAACUGGUACACUCGAAACUACAAUCAUUGGCCUUUCCCGAUCACCAAAGUGUCUUGGAAAAUAUUAAACGAGCUGAGCAAGGACAGCCAAUGGUCAAGACCAAAGAACAGCCCAUAGAAAAUUGUGCAAUAAUGUGAGCGUUUCCUAUAAAAUCCUAGCACAAAAAAUUGUAGUUUAUUUAGAUUAUAAAAAGAAAACUUGAAAAAUAUUUUUUUAAUAAAAAUAUUUUUUCUUUA